UGCGGACCGGAAGUGGAUGCAAAGCCACUCUUCUUUUUGCUCCGUGGCAUUUUGCAACACAGGCUCCCCCUCGCUCUGGGCUUCCCUCCUAACCUCCAGCUUCAAGAGCAAACGGCAAGGGACACGCACAAGAUGACGUGACGAUCAAUGGAUUUACAUGGGACUAUUUUACCAAAAGGUUCAAGCGACUUCCGAGUGGAAUCACCAGAAUUAGUUUGCCACACAUUGUUCUUGAAAUGUCUUGCAAGAAAAAAUCUAAAAUGUUACCUGUGCAAAGUGUAUUCCGAAUUAUGUCCAAAGUGAUGUCAAUGAGAGCGUGAGAGAGGAAACGGAAUGCAGACUUGUCCAGCUGGAGCUUGUAUGAGAGCGUGAUGCCCAGACGGGGGUUGCUGCUCCACGGCCGAGUCCGCUGGCUCUUCCUGGGCCUCUUCCUGCUGCUGGUGCUGCUGUUUUUCGCCUACCUGCUGGAGUGCACCCCUCAACCCGACGUCAGCCUCGUCCUUCCCGGCAUCGCGGGCGAGCCCUACGGAAAGGAGUACUACCAGGCCCUGCUGCAAGAGCAGGAGGAGCGCCACCUGAACCGCGCCGCCAGCUUGAAGCGGCAGAUUGUGCAGCUCAAGCAGGAGCUGCAGGAAAUGAGCGAGAAGCUGAAACUCCUGCAGGAGAAGAAGGAGCUCCCCGAGGCGCAGGGCUUGGCUGAGAACAAGGAGCAAGAGCCCGGAGAUCUGUUGGACUACCUGCACUCUCAGAUUGACAAGGCCGAGGUCAACACAGGGGCCCGCCUGCCCAGCGAGUACGCGCUGGUGCCCUUUGAGAGCUUCACCUCCUCCAAGGUUUACCAGCUGGAGAUGGGUCUGACGCGGCACCCGGAGGAGAAACCCGUUCGCAAAGAUCGGCGGGACGAACUGGUGGAAGUCAUCGAGGCCGCCUUGGAAAUAAUCAACAACCCCGACGAGGAGGACGGUGUGGAGGAUGACAUGGCCAUGCAUAGGCAAGCCUACAAAGAGGGCCACUUCAUAGAAGGCAUGUACAGAACCGAGCGGGACAAAGGGUCACUUUACGAGCUCUUCUUUGCCAAAAAGGAGUCCAGCACCUUCCGCCACGUCACCCUUUUCAGGCCUUUUGGUCCACUGAUGAAAGUCAGGAGCAUGACUGUUGACACAACGGAAAUGAUAAUCAACAUCAUUGUGCCGCUGGCGGGCAGAGCAGAAACCUUUUUACAGUUCUUACACAACUUCAGGGAAGUGUGUGUACAGCAGGACAAGAGAGUUCACCUCACAGUCGUUUAUUUUGGCCAAGAGGGACUCCGAGAGGUGAAGUCAUCUUUGGAAACAAUGUCAAGAGAGGAGAGUUUCUCUAAUUACACUCUGAUCCCGGUGGAGGAGGAUUUCUCCCGAGGGCGGGGCCUGGAUAUUGGCGCGCGUGCUUGGACUAAAGGUGACGUUCUGAUGUUUUUCUGUGACGUCGACAUCCAUUUCACGUUGGACUUCCUGAAUACGUGUCGUCUCCACGCAGAUCCAAACAAGAAAGUCUUCUAUCCAGUAGUGUUUAGUCUGUACAAUCCUGCCAUAGUUUAUGGAAAUUUAGAGCUGGCUCCACCUGUUGAACUUCAGCUGGUUCACAAAAAGGAUGCUGGUUUCUGGAGAGAUUUUGGCUUCGGUAUGACGUGUCAAUAUCGCUCUGAUUUCCUAAGUAUUGGGGGUUUUGAUCUUGAAGUGAAAGGCUGGGGCGUUGAAGACGUCCACUUGUACAGGAAGUAUCUUCGGAGUGACCUAGUGGUGGUCCGGACGCCGGUGUCCACUCUCUUUCACCUAUGGCACGAGAAGCAGUGCGCUGACGAGCUAACUCCAGAACAGUACCGCAUGUGCAUCCAGUCCAAAGCCAUGAACGAGGCCUCUCACUCUUACCUGGGAAUGCUCGUGUUCCGGGAGGAGAUCGAGGCUCACCUCCGCAAGCAGGCCUUCAAGCCUCAGAACAAAGCAGAGGACUGAGCAGCUUCGCCGCGUGUCCAGUGUCACGUCAGCGAAAAGCCUGUGAGAUGCUGACAUUAUCAAUGCACAGCUGCAGACAAAUGAAUGUACAAAGAACAAUUACGUGGCUAGUUGAGCUACGGCAAACUGAAAAGAGCAGAUGAUCAAAUCACUGCUUACCCUGCUGCGUUUUGUACACAUUUUCCAAAAAGCAAGUCGUUCGCCUUGCAGGUAUUGACCAUUUACUUGCUGUGAAAUGGACCCGACAACCCCGACCCCACCAUAUUUCUCGCUACUGCUGAGCUACCUUUUAACUGUAACCACGGUCAAUAGAGUUCAGCAGUUGGUCAUGUUGACAUUUCCUAAACAAAGGUGAAAUUCCACUUCUUGGGUUGCAAACCUAGUUAUUUGUUUUUGCAAAUUGGGAGAAAACAACUUUUAAUGUUAAUUGUGGAGCCAUAUUGUUCAGUUAGUAUUCUAUUUAUUAGCUGUUUGAUGAAAGGGACCUUUUUUAUUUUCUGUGACAGUCAGUCACUAUCUUAAUAGAGAGAAGCAUGUUAAUGUGAUUGUUGAAAGUGCAAAGAUCAAACGUGACCAUGCAAAACGAAUAUCAGGUACGAAGGCACCUGAAUUUUUAAUUCUCUGAAAUGUGUCGUUUUACACCCUGCGAGGCUUAUUGGCAGUAUUUAUUCACAGUACAGGACUAUGUUGGAACACUACAUUCUUGUAAAUAUUUUUUUCAAAAUGUUGUCUUUUAUUCAUGUGAAUUGAUUGUUUUUGAUCUCAUGCCCAUGUUGCGAUGUUUGGACUCCUGCAGACUCUUUUACUUAUGUUCCAGAGGCCAUGUUAACUGUUGAUUUGUCCGCUGAUGUUAGAUGUAUGAGGUCAACACAGGAGUCCAGAAAAUGUUUCAAGGCAGCGGGGCGAAGUUCUGUGUGAUCGCCAUAAAUGUUACUCCAAAUCAAACAGUUAGUUAAUUUGGGUAGUAUAUAUUGUCUUCCACUCAGCCAAACAACUGAACACAAAGAAAAUGUGCAAGGAAAUGAUUUAUUGGACAAUUUUCCCAUUGGACUCAGAGAAGGCUUUAUUCAAAAACUGCUGCUAAUAUGUUGCUAUCUGUUGCCAUUUUAUCAUAUGACACACAUUCCUUUCCUUGUCCAGCUGUAUAAUUUAUACUACAAAAUGUUAUAAUAAACAUGUCACCUCUUUAAAUCUA